AUGUCAACCUCAACUUCUUUCGAUGACGCUUUUGCGUCGGCAGUUGCAUCCGGCCCUGAACGCCUUUUGCCAGGUGUGGCUCUCGGUGCUGCAAGAGCCCUCCAAAAAGUUGAUACAACAGACCCUGAAGACUUUCUUGCUGCAUACGGCUCAUUGCAUCUGGACCCCACAUCGCCGCCAGUAUCGACCAAGACUACCGUAUGGCUUGCCUCCUGCACGAAGCUAGUUACGGCUGUCGCAGCCUUGCAGUGCGUUGAACGCGGUCUGUUCUCCCUAGGCGAGCCUGCUGAUACCGAUCGUCUAUUGCCUGAAUGGAAGAAGCCCGUGGUUCUGACUGGCUGGACGGACGAUGAGCCCGUCUUGCAACACGCAAAAGAAAGCAUCACUUUGAGAAGAUUGCUGACGCACACGAGUGGAAUCGGCUACGAUUUUCUCGCGCCUGACUUGAUGAGAUGGAGACAAUAUCGCAAAGAAGAAAUGUUAUCCAUGCGGGUACCCAUCACGCAGUGCUUUACGACACCUCUCCUCUUCGAGCCCGGCUCCGGCUUCGCAUAUGGUGGCGGGUUGGAUCUUGUGGGCUUGAUGAUUGCGAGGGCUAACAAUUGCACACUGGAAGCAUACAUGCGCCGCCACAUCUUCGACGUCUUGGGGAUGGACAAGACCUCCUUCUAUGUCAAGCAUAACAAUAUCGAGCAGGAGCUGAUGCCAAUGACGACUCGCCCUGGAUCUGAUGCAGCUCUCGUCUCUGGUGAGGCAUCGGACGCCCCGCUGGUGCAGCCACUGGAUCCUCAAGACGAAUACGGAGGCGGAGGUUUGUUCAGCACUGCGGAAGACUAUCUCCGGCUGUUAAAGUCACUUCUCCGGGAUGAUGGCAAACUUCUGAAGACGGAGAGUAUCGAUCUCCUGUUUAAGCCAUGUAUCACGGACGCCGCGCAAGAGUUGCUCGAUCAGACCUUGUCUGUGCCGCUCUACGCUGCCAUUAUGAUUCCUGGCGACGCCCCGAUAGGUACUCGUGGCGCUCGAAAGUGGUCACAAGCUCUGGGUGGAUUAGUUGCAAUGGAAGAUGAUGCUGAUGGCGGAUUGAAGGCUGGCACGUUGCGAUGGGGCGGUGCACCAAAUCUCAAAUGGUGGAUUGAUCGCAGAGGUGGCACUUGUGGGAUGUUCGCAACGCAGCUCUGGCCGGCUGGCGAGCUGCAACACGCGCAUCUAGGCAAGACGUUUGAGAGGGAGGUAGUUUCGAAGUACGCUUGA